CGCAGUUAUGCGACCGCUUCCGAAGAGCGUAGUCGUCCUCGUGAAGGUUGUUCCUCAUUAAAAAAAACUCGUGUGUCAUUUCUCAAAAAAAAAAAAAUCCUUUUCUAUAAAAAAAAGAAUCAAAGUUUAAAAUCAACUUUUGUUUGUACACUGGUCGUUUUGGUUUUUUUUUUCUGUUUUUUUUAUCCUUUUGGUGAAGAAGCUUUAGUUUUUAUUUUUGGAGUUAUAUUGCAAUGCACUAUUUGAGUGAUAUAAGAUAUGUUGUUCAGGUUCACGUGUUUCUUUGGGUUAUGGAUUAUGUGUUGGGCAAGUGCUUUGAAAAAGGGGAAUGAUGAUAGUUUUUUAAUUCAUGUUUUAUGAUCGAUGCAAGUCCUGGAGAGAAAGGGUGUAGGGACAAUGGGCAAAAGAUGUGAUCGCGACAAAAUACGUCGCGACGACGACGACAACGACGUGACAGCCACGUGCCCUCAUCAGUUGGUUGUUGCCACUUGCUAGAAAUUAUAUACCCCUCUCGACAAUCGAUAAAACCCAUAUUGAUCCAAUUUUGCCAUUUUGUGAUACAUUUUAAGUGAAGAAAUAAGUGCAAUAGUUUUUGAAAACGAGUGGAAACUGUGGUGAUCGAAACUUGUGUAGAAAUUUGAAAAGUACUAAAAGUACUACUGUGUUUGGUAGUGGUAUUCUAAAUAAAAGUUCUUUAUUUUAUUUAGUAGAAUACAAAAAUUUGGUAUCAAUUCUUGUGGGACUUGGUUUGUGAUUGAAAGGUACUCUUCCGUCCGGUGUUUGUGUAAUAGGAAGAAUUCUUCCCUCUGGAUUAAAUGUUUCGUGUAGUUUUAAGCCAUCUACUUCCCUUUAGUGUCGUGCAAAUUUUCCAAAAAUAGUGAUUUUCGAAAAGAAAAGUGUUGUGACACAUCUGUUGAAACAAAAUGCUUCGUUUUUUUUGAAAACUAAGGACAGUUUUUCAAACUAAAGACAGUGAAGCAAAAGUCUUCUGAUACAGAUUGGACCUAGGGAUAGUUUGGAAUAGAGGUCCUCUAUUGGAAGACAGGAUCUUGGAAGACUUAGGAGGAUUAAUACUAGAGGUCCUCUACUGGAAUAUUAGAAGACCAGGGUCUUCUAUUUUGCUUUUUCGGUUAAGAAAAAAAAAUACCCCCGAGAAGUGGAAGAAAUAAAAAAGUGUGUUCAGUGAAAAACCGUGGUUUGAAGAGACGGGUGGCGUCGUGGAGGGGGGAGUAAUGCCGGUGAGGGUGGCGCAACGCCCCCCAGGUGGAAUAAUCCACGCCGGUGCACCGGUAGCGCCAGGCUCACUAGUGGGCCCAGGAACAUCGGGCCGUUGCCUCGGAGGACCCACGCCUGUUGGUUCUCCCCCAUUGGGCCUGGGGGGUGCUAAUCCAAACGCACCAAAUCCAUUGCAAGCGAUGGCAUCAGCUGCCGCAUCGCUGACACAAUUGAACAAUAUGGCAAAUGGGCCAUUACCACCAUUAGGCAGUGGACCAACGGGACCACCGAAUUUACCGCCACCACAACCGGCCACAACGCCAACACACGGCGGUCCUCCAACACCUCAUCAGGGAGUUAGUGGACCACAUUUAAAUGGUGCAUCGCCCAGUCCCCAUUCGAUGCCACCCCACGGUAUGAUGAGUAGUUCACCGCACGCGGCACAUCCUCAUAUGGGCGGUGGUGGACCAUCGCCUCAUCCUCAUCAUUCUGGACCACAUAUGGUUAGUUCACCGCAUCAUCCGGGUCCUCAUAUGGGUCCUGGUGGAAUGAUGGGUGGUCCCGGUAUGCAGCCUCAAGGUGGACCUGGGAUGUGUGCACCUGGUCCCGCUGGUCCAAUGGGACCGCAUCCUCAUCCUCAAGGACCUGGAAUUCCGGGUCAACCGCCCAUGCCCAACGAUCCAUUCUACUGCACACCGUUUGGCUCGCCGUUCUAUAGAUCGUUGCCUGUCCCCAGGAGGCACACACCAUUCAUGAACCAACCGGACUACCGACUCUAUGAGCUGAACAAGAGGUUACAGCAACGCACCGAGGAGAGCGAUAACCUUUGGUGGGAUGCAUUUGCAACUGAAUUUUUCGAAGAGGAUGCAACUUUAACUCUUGCGUUUUGUUUGGAGGAUGGACCGAAAAGAUACUCUAUAGGAAGAACAUUAAUACCAAGGUAUUUUCGUUCGAUAUUUGAGGGUGGAGUGACGGAACUUUACUAUAAUAUGAAGCAUCCGAAGGAGUCGUUUCACAAUACGAGUAUAACAUUAGACUGUGAUCACUGCGUUAUGGUCACGCAUCAUGCGAAACCAAUGUUCACAAAGGUGUGUACCGAGGGUAGGCUAGUUCUUGAAUUUACUUAUGACGAUCUCAUGAGGAUAAAGUCGUGGCAUAUGACGGUGAGAGCACAUCGAGAAUUCGUACCUAGAUCCAUGGUUGGAAUGCACUCGCAACAACAGGACCCGGCGUUAUUAGAUCAAAUUAGUAAAAACAUCACGAGGCAAGGGAUAACCAAUUCCACCCUCAAUUACCUUAGGUUAUGCGUGAUUCUAGAACCAAUGCAGGAGCUUAUGUCGAGGCAUAAAGCGUACGCAUUGUCGCCAAGAGAUUGCUUGAAGACAACCCUGUUCCAGAAGUGGCAGAGGAUGGUUGCCCCGCCGGGUAAGAGAGAGUCCCAAAGACCAGCCAGCAAAAGGAGAAAGCGAAAAGGCAGUACGUCGGGUCCUGGGAAUAACGCGCCUCCAGUUCCCAGUAAAAAACGAUCCCCAGGUCCAAAUUUCUCCCUAGCUUCUCAGGACGUGAUGGUGGUGGGUGAACCAUCGUUGAUGGGUGGCGAAUUUGGCGAUGAGGAUGAACGACUAAUAACAAGGCUGGAGAAUACACAAUAUGACGCGGCCAAUAGUUUAGAUCCUCAUAGUCACGAUACUCCUGGUGGACCACCUCCGCAUCCGCACCAAUUUCACUCUGAACCAACACCUGGCAAUUCCUGGCCACCGGAUCGUGGUCCAGGUCCUCCACAAGGAGGUCCCGGUAGUCAGGGAGUCCAGGGUUCUCAAGGUGGACAGGGUGCUGGAAUACAGGGAUCACAGGACACGAGUCAGCAACAGCAAGACAAGAAGAGCCCCGCGGUGAGCCAGUGAGGCCAGGAGUCCCCGCGCCCCCCCACCAGGGGGC